AUGUUCCUCUGCAUUCUGCAGGGGUCUGCAGUCAGACCCCUUUCAGCGAAACCGAAGACUCGUGACUCCCAGGAUGGAAAAGCUCCAUGGAGGAAAUCCAUCUUUGAUCUAAAAUCCAGUGGAAUUCUUGAGACGGAAGAGAUUGUUGGGAAAGUUGUUGAAAAAUCCGAGCUGCUCAAAUAUGACACCAAGACAAAGAAAGGGACGUCUUAUUUUUUUCUGGGCGUCGCCGACGAGUCGGCCAGCAUCAAACUGAUGGUGUGCGGAAAAGAUCACCAUCGAAAAGUCAAAGAGGGGAGCUCCUACAUCUUCAGGAAUCUAACACAAGAUGGAAUAUAUGUGAAGGUCAACGCAUCGAGCAAAGUGUCAGAAACAAAACCUGUCAUCGUCCCGGAGGAGUUCGAGAGAGAAGCUGAGAGACUGGUUUAUCCUGAGAGUCCGCUUACCUCCAUUAAAGACAUCAAAUCAUCUCGUCCCCAGACACACGUGAGCGUCAAAGGAACCGUCACCGAGAUCUAUCCCGUCAACAAAGUGAAGGUGCAACACAAGGAGAAGAAGACGAAUCAGCGAAGCUUCAAACUGAGUCAGGAAGAUGAGGAAAUCAGCGUCACCAUGUGGGACGAGGCCACCGAGCAGAGCAAAGACCUUUCAGUCGGAGACGUCCUUCUUCUUGAAUACAUGAAGCCCAAUGAGUGCCGUGAGAAAGUGUCUCUCAACUCAGUUCCUCAAAAUGUAGACUUUUUUACUCAAAAUCACAAAAUGUAGAGUUUUUCUUCAAAAUCGCAACAUUUUGACUUUGUCUUCAAAGUUCUGGCUGUGAUAAUAAAACACAAUAACAUAAGUAAUGUUCCCUCUCGG